GCGUAACGUUGUUUUACAAGAGUUAAGAAGUAAACCUUCGUUAGAAUACACCAAUCCGAUUAAAUCUGAAUCACACGAUGAAAAUUAGUUGCUUAAUUUGUCUCGUAAUUGUUCUUACGAUCAUUCAUUUGUCUCAAGCUAAUGAUUAUUGUAAAAUAAAGUGUUCAUCGGGUGUUCAUACGGUCUGCCAAUAUGGAGAAUCAACAAAACCAAGUAAAAAUUGUGCCGGUAAAUUAAUCAAAUCGGUUGGUCCAACGGAAGAAGAGAAGAAAUUAAUUGUAGAGGAGCAUAAUCGAUUUAGGCAAAAAGUUGCAAAGGGUUUGGAAACGAGAGGUAAUCCUGGACCACAACCAGCUGCUUCGAACAUGAAUAAUUUGGUAUGGAACGAUGAAUUAGCAAAGAUCGCACAAGUAUGGGCCAGUCAAUGUCAAAUUCUUGUUCACGACAAAUGUAGAAAUACAGAAAAAUAUCAAGUUGGACAAAACAUAGCGUAUGCAGGUUCUUCUAAUCAUUUCCCAAGUGUAACCAAAUUAAUUCAACUUUGGGAAAACGAAGUGAAAGAUUUUAAUUACAAUACAGGAAUAACAAAUAAAAACUUUGGUAAAGUUGGUCAUUAUACUCAAAUGGUUUGGGGUAAUACUAAGGAAGUUGGUUGUGGUUCUUUAAAAUAUGUUGAAAAGAAUAUGCAAAUUCAUUAUCUCAUUUGUAAUUAUGGACCAGCUGGAAAUUACUUGGGUCAACCAAUUUAUACAAAGAAAUAAUUUGACAAAUAAUACUACGAAACAUAUUUUCUUAUUCAAAUAACACGAAAAUAUAAUAUAUAUAU